AUGAAGAAGUAUCAUACAUCACUUCUCAGGAUCAGGGAAGUGGUAAAAUAUGUCACGAAAUCUCCCGCAAGAUAUAAAAGGUUUACGGAGGCUGCUGAGUCGGAAAGAAUAUAUUGUAAAAAGGGUCUGAUAUUAGAUGUGAGAACGCGGUGGAAUUCUACUUACUUAAUGCUUGUUGCUGCUGAAAGAUAUGAAAAGGAAUUUGAAAGGCUAUGUGAGUUGGAUAAGGCAUUUUGUGAAGAGUUUUGCUUUGAUAUUCUAGUACCAUAUAAUAUUAUGGGUGAUGGUGAUGACACUGUUGAUCUUGAUGCUGAUUAUGAUCUGGAAUCAGACAAUGAAGAAGAACUUGAUACUACUGAAGAAGAAGAUUCUGCUGCUGUCAGGAAAGCCAAGAAAAAAAAACAGGCCAAAACUUCUACUUAUGUUACUUCUCAUUCUUUCUUAUUGGAACUUGAGACUGUUCGUCAAGAAUUAGAAGAAUGGAAAAAUACACAUGAGGACCCUUUCUUAAGCCACAUGGGUGCUGUAAUGUUGCUCAAGUACAACAAAUAUUGGGGAACAUACCGAAAGAUGAAUUCGUUGAUGUUUAUGGCUGUACUUCUUGAUCCACGAGAGAAAGAACAUGGAUUAUUUCUGUUUGCAGCUUAUAAAGCAGAAAAUGUUAGAUGUGCAGUAUCUUCAUCAGAAUCUGUGGGCGAGACUAAUUCUACUUCUACUUCUACUAAAAGUUCUUCGAGUUUUGGAAGUACUAUUUAUAGCAAGGCCAAGUAUAUGGCGGGAAGGAAUAAACGAAAGCAUCAAUUGAGUAAUGUGGAGGACAAUGGGAGAUCUGAGGUAGAAAGGUACUUGGCUGAACCGAUCUACACACCCACAAAUGAAAAUGCUACUUUUGAUAUAUUACAAUGGUGGAAGGUAAAUGCUGCGAGGUUUGACAUUUUGCCACUUAUGGCUAAAGAUAUAUUUGUUAUUCCCGUUUCUUCCUUGCUUCAGAAUCAGCCUUUAGUAACGGAAAAAGAAUUUUGGAUCCUUUUCGAAGCUCCUUAA